GCCAUCGAUACUAUCGGGCAGGCAUCGCUUUUCCUCCCAGCUCUAUCCACUACGGUCACUCUGAAAGUCUAUCAACGUUUUGUGACAUGAAAAUUCAACGAGGACACUGUGUACAUGAGUAGUUGAAAAAUUAAAAUGGUUUCCAUGCAAUUUGUUUUGCAACCGCUUCCGGGCUCGGACGAUCAGUUUAUUGAAAGGAUUCGUGAAGUGUCGGAAAAGGUGAACCGAUUUGGUUAUGGCAGCCAUCGCAUAUUCGAGCAGUUGAAAAUUCCAGUGAGAGAAGUGGUCAUCGGUCCAGCGCACAUUGGAGUUUUGCUCGAGGAUGGCAAGGCGUUCCGCGUGUCCUUUUCUAUAAACUCGGAAAAGCUUGACUUGACCAAAUCAGACGCAAAAUGUUCAACAAGUGGUGGCGGCGGAACGGCCAGUGCUUCGAAAGCCCCAUCCUCAUCCCGACCGAUGGCCCGGUCCAGAGCACGCCUGCUGCGCGCAACAGGUCGCUCAAGUUCCACCGGACAGGGCUCCGGAUCACGCAGCACAGGGGUUAUAAUUGGAGGCAGUACAUCGAGCCGACCCUUAGUCACAGUUCCGGCCACAUACGUGCCGGAGGAGCUCAUAUCGCAAGCGGAGGUGGUUUUACAGGGCAAGAGCAGAAAUCUCAUAAUUAGAGAAUUGCAGCGCACCAACCUAGAUGUUAACUUAGCUGUGAACAACUUGCUUUCUCGCGAUGAUGAAGAAGCGGAAGAUACCGAAGAAGGUGCUGAUAAUUACGUGCCCGAAGACCUUAUCUCUCUGCUGGAUAAUGGCUUUAGUGGAGAUAACAACAGUGUCAUCAUAGAUCCCUCAGAUGGGCUUUUUUCGGAGGAGAUAUUUAGCAAUUACUCCAGCAUUCGGAACUUGCUGUUUGAUCGCAUUCGUAGUGAACGCAGUAAUGCCAACGCAAAUGCCGCAGACAGUAACCAAUCGACCCGCUCAACAACUUCAGGCGCACCUUUAACUGGUAGCAGCGGACUUCCAACUCAAAUAUCAGUUAAUGCUGACCGCGAAGCUUUUAGUCGUUGGCGGGAUCGUCAGUACUACGGACCACGUCGCUGGAUAAGCAAAGACGACUACACCUGGGAGAAGGAUGCUGAUUCCAAGAAAAAGGAGCCAUCCCCCAUGUUGUCUCCCAUUUGGAUAUCUGAAGAAUUGCAGCCAUGGCCAGAGAAAAGUUCUGUAAGGUUCAAGACCAUAGGCGCUCUGUACUCGGAGUUUAUUGCUUUGUCAGAGAGCGGAGAUUUAUACCAGUGGCGCUGGUCAGAUGCAGAGCCUUAUAAGUCUGAGACUGACAAUGUUUAUCAUCCCAAAUCUGUUUCCCUCAACAUAAUUGAAAGAGUGGAGCUUAUUUCGGCCAACUUUAUCCGAUGUUCCGUUGUUACAGAAACCAAUCGAGUGGCCACUUGGAUGGACGAGCAACUAGGUUACCUCGGCGCCAAGCUGGAGCACAAUUGCUGCGCGUUUAACGAGUUUAUAUCGGACCCCAUAACAAAGAUCUACGUCUGCUCACUAUACACGGUUGUUAAGACCGAUAGCAAUAACAUAUAUUGGUGGGGAGUCCUGCCAUUUGACCAACGACGCUACUUGUGGGACAAAUUCCGGACAAAGACCAAGAAGCCUUUUAAGGUCGUUGCCACCGAUAUUAAUGUGGGUGCUCAAGUGAUAAUGAAAAAGUGCCCAAUCUAUCAAUCUGGAUCGAUCGGCUUCACAUGCUCCAAUGGCGUCCCAAAGGUUGGACAGCUUUUGAAUUCAGUCUGGAACUUCACUGAUGUGUGUCGCAUGAAAAUCAUAAAUAUUAUUACAAACUCCGGCGUGGACAAAUCCCAAGCAGCUGGCAUUAAUCUCAAUGCCCAUGGAAUUACCCCGGAUAAGGACCUGCCAAAGUCCACGGCAAUGCCCAGCACUGGAAGCAGUAAGAAUGGACAAUCCUUUUCAAACAGCAAAGAGUCGACUGAUCGCAUCGACAUGCCACCGCCGCCGUCACCGGCAUCCAGUACAUGCAGCGAUACCGGCAGCGUCACAUCCCACAAGCGCACCAAACGAGCUACUACGAAAGAGGACUCCAAUGCCCCCCAAGAGGGAAGAAAGGAUGAGGAGCUGUGGGAAUUAAAGGACGUUGUGUUUGUCGAGGACAAGGUGGGUCCAGUGGGAAAGGUGCUUAAGGUCGACGGCGACUUUGUUGCCGUUCGUUUUCCGGCAAUGAAUGCAGCAGCAGUUGCUGCUGCUGCUGCCGCCGCAACAAGUUCCUCAUCCAACGCAGCCUCCACAUCCAAGGAAGAGGGGAAGGAGGACGAUUGGCAGCAGUGUCGGUUGUUGCGACGCGAAGAUGUCCAGAUAUUCCGCACUGCUAUGUCUACCCGUGGCCCAGACUGGCUGCAAAAACAGCCGAAGAAGAUUAACGUUGGUGCUGAUGCAGCUGGCGCACAGCUACUCACCUUGGCCGUGGACUCGCGCGGCAUUCAUGUGAUCAAGAAGGUGCUCGGCAAAAUUCACUACAGCCUUUACAACCUGUAUAACAGCAAGCAGGAGCAAAAUUGCCUAUUCCCCACAGACUGCGCCUCUUUUAUUGGCUCUUCGCCCGGCAACAUAUUAAUGACUUGCAACAACGACUGCAGCGGAAACAGCAGUACCAUUGUGCUUCGCGAUGGCAAUGGCGCCCUUUAUCCCUUGGCCAAGGAUUGCCUUGGCUCGAUCAAGGAUCCGCAAUGGUUCGACCUUCCUCCGGUGAAGUCCAUCACUAUGUCCACCAUCUCCCUGCCGGCAAUGCUUUCGGGCGUGAAUUUGAAGUCAAAGGUGUGCAUGACUGCUCUGCUCUUUGAUACCCAAAAGCUUAUGCCGCACAUCUUGAGGUGCGAUGUCAAGAAUAGCUUUGCUGCACUUAGCCGCUUGGAGAGGGAGGAUCAAGCGGAUACCGCCCUUGUCGUAGAAGAACGUUGCGAUGGAGCACGAAACAUAUUCCAUGCUUGCGUAAUUAUGUGCGCCCCAUCCUCAAACAAGGAUUCGCCACCAGACUCUCCCAGCGGUGGAGUCGAGAAGAAGUCCCUAGCAGUGGGACUUUCCGUGGCGCGCUCCAUCCCAACUGUGUCGACAAGCGCUUACGUUAGCAGCAACGCAUUUGGAGCAAAUGCGUCUUCAAACAAUGAAAACUCCAGCUUUGCAACUAUGAGUUCAUCCGCUGCCGGCUCCGCCUCGUCAACGAGCAGGGAUAUGCGUACCAAACUGCGCGACAUGAUGAUUCGUCUAACAAAUAGCGAUCUGGCUGAACAGUCUGGCAGCCAGCCAAUAGCUACAAACAAUGAGGACCAUGCCUACAUCCCCUGGCCAGGCGAGGCACCGGCAGCCAGCAAUCUGAGCGCAAGCUCUUCGCAGAAUGUCGCAGACAGCAUUGAAGAUUACAUCUCGAAGAGCUCCUCCCAGAGUUCCAUGCUCUCCAACAUCAAGUUGGGGUCCCCCAACUACACCUUCGACCUGGCUCAGCGGCGGGAGCAUGCUUUGACAAUCCUUCAGCAGAUGUGCGUAAGUCCGGCCCUUCGUCCGUACCUGUGCCAUAUGCUGAGCACUAAGGAUGCACAAGGCCAGACGCCGUUUAUGCUCUCCGUUUCGUGUCGCGCCUACGAGGCAGGAAUCAUACUAUUGAACACAAUUCUAAUGCUAUCCGAGCAGGAUUCACAGCUAAAGGAGGCCAUGAUUUUCCCCACUGGUUCACCUGCGGAUCAGUCGCCUCUGCAUGUCAUCUGCUACAAUGACACCUGCUCCUUCACAUGGACGGGAGCCGAUCACAUCAACCAGAACAUUUUCGAGUGUAAGACAUGCGGGCUUACUGGCUCCUUGUGCUGCUGCACGGAGUGCGCGAGAGUCUGCCACAAAGGACACGACUGCAAGUUGAAGCGUACGGCCCCGACUGCAUACUGUGAUUGUUGGGAGAAAUGCAAGUGUAAGGCUCUGAUUGCUGGAAAUCUCACGAAACGCUUCGCUUUGCUUUGCAAGCUAGUCUCCUGCACAGACUUGGUUACCAAGUUUAACUCCAAGGGUGAAUCGAUUCUUCUUUUCCUUAUUCAAACGGUUGGACGUCAAAUUGUAGAGCAACGACAGUAUCGCUUCAAUGUAAGGGUUCGCAAUGUUGGCACUGCUGCCACCGGAGCAACCGGAAACAAUACAGUGAUAUCAAAUCGCAAGACAUCCGCGGCGGAAAUAGAUAGUGAUAUGCCGGACCAUGAUCUGGAGCCACCAAAGUUCGCUAGAAAAGCUUUGGAGAGACUGCUGAUCGACUGGAACGCUGUGCGCUCCAUGAUCAUGAGUGGUGCGGAGAGAAGCGAUGUCCCAAAUCCAGCAGGAAGUGCAUCAGAGAAUUCAAAUUCGGAAGGCUUCAAUAUGUUUAUUCAGACGCAGCAUGGAUCCACGCUUCUCGACAAAUUUACCCACAGUCUGAUCGUGAAGUGCACCGGCGACCAUUUGGACACCUUGCUCCUCACCCUGGUGCGCGAGUUGCAGAACGCAGUCGUUGCCAAUCGUUGCAAGGAGGCUGAAGAAGUAGCGCGUCGCUUCGUACGUUCCGUGGCACGCGUUUUCGUCAUUUUCAACCUGGAAAAGCAGCCGAACCCGGAAAAACGGAAGACGCACACAUCGUGCAACAAAUACGUUCAGAGCUGUGUUAAAGUGUUCCAAACGCUCCACAAGAUAUCCAUCGAGGAGUUAUGUGAGGUAUCCGAAGCUCUGAUUGCUCCAGUCCGACUGGGCGUUGUGCGGCCCACAGCUCCGUUUACGAUGUCGUCGUCGAAUCUGGAUAACUCUGACGAUUUGUUCAGCGUUGAUCCUUUGGCACCCUCUAACGUGGAGUCUCCUUCCGAGCAAAUACUUGGACACGAUGCUGGAAACGAUCAGAGCGCCAGUUUUAAUAUUCAACAAAACUACGAUGUAGUUGCUAUGGAAACUAUACGCGACGCCUCCGAAUCGGAAGAAGUUAUAAAUCGGGAAGCCAAUUCCCACAAUCAAGACGAUGAGUUAAUUGAAAAUCAACGAAAUGAGGACGGCAUGCAAGAUGACGAGAGCGAUAAUGACUUUACUUUCAAUGACGCUGAGACUGAGUCCGACUCCGAUGACAACCAAAGCAAUCAAGAGGUGCAGAGGAGCGUGCAAACAGGGGCAACAGUUGGAUCAGAAAAUGACAUUGGUGUGCUCUUCCUAGAGGAUGAAUCGGGAGACUCUUCUGCCCAAGAAGAAGAUGGCUCGGAGGAUGGCGAGUCCGACGAUCACUCCGAUGAGUUCAAUUUCAAUGACCAGCAACUGGAGCGCCGCACUACCAACUCGAACGCUCGCAGCGAUCUGGCUCCUCAAACGAUGCAAUGGGCCAUACGAAGUCGUGACACCGCCCGCUCAUCAGUGAGGGUGCCCACCGGGGGUAAUAUGGUUUUUAUUGACCCCAUGGCUCUGCGUCGCUCCACUGUACCGGCCAGCACUACAGUCACUACUCCAUCGAUUGAGCCACACACCAUGGCGACAACGGCCAGCAAUUUGGCACGGGCUUUCGGAAUCACAAUAAGACAGAUAUCCGAGCUUAUAAGCAUUCUAUCCUAUAACAUAAUAAAUGACAUCGAAACAUCAUUAAAAAUUCAAAGUGAUGAAGCAAUUGCAGUCCAAGCGUUUGUGGAAAAGCGCUUGAAGGCUACGUGGGAUUGGAUGUUCACGGUAAUGGACGGUACCGAAGCACAGCUAAAGUUCGGAGCUUACUUGACCAACUACACGGAUCCCAACCAUCCGCUGCAUCCGCUCAACCUAAGUGCCCAGGCUUCGAGUAGCCAGACUCCGGCUCCCGCCACAUCCUCAACCGUUAGUGGUGUAAAUAUAAUGGGAUCCAAUUCACGCCGAGACUUCUUCACCUACUGUUUAUCUCUGAUGCGGUCCCACACUUCCGAGCACAGAGACGCCUUACCAGUGUUGGAUAUAACAGCCUUGCGCCAUAUUGCCUAUGUGCUCGAUGCCUUUGUUUACUAUAUGCGCAAUGAUUCAGGCUUCUAUGAUAAGCAAGAUACCAUUUCUGGCCGUAUAAACAAUUUGUCACCCAUGGCUGAGAGCUAUGAUACGGACGACGAGCUAACUAAUCUGGAAGAGUUUAACGCCGAUGUUCAGGCGUCUACCAGCAGCAUGCCUUCAGGAAGCCAGGGCACACGUCGACAUGCAUUCUUUGCGCGGUCUGAGUCGACUUUAAGCUUGGGCUGCUCAGCGCCAGAAGGCUUUGAUUUACCACUGGAUAUGGCUAUGCCUCUCGCCGAUAAGCCGCACUUGCUGCAACCAAAUUCUAAGCGUCAAGAACUCUUCGCAAACCUACCGCUUCUCGUGACCACGAAUGCCAACAACAGCGCUCCCAAUUAUGGUGGCAGCAUUUUUGAUUAUACUCCGACAAGACUGGGAUUCUCGAAUUCCUUAAAAAGGAACGAACAUGUUUAUGAAACAGUCCAGGCCAAGCAGUCUAUGGAGGUAAUAAUCAAUAUGGAUACCAGUAAGACGGCUGAUGGAAAUGUAACUAAUAAGGCUGAGGGCUCAACAGACUCGAAUAUAUACGUACAAUUAAAGAAGAAGCAGGGCUCGGAUGACUUCAAAUCCCACAAAGAAGCUGACGGCAAUAAUAGCAAGUACGAAAAAGUCGUAUUAAUGGAAACUGAUGACAGUCUUCCAAGUACAAGUAAAUCGACUGAAGCGCUAAUGGCCACACGGCCAGAAGUUAUCAUUGCGCCAAAUAAAGCCUCAGUGUCACCAGCGACUGCCGCCCGCAGCGUGAUAGUUCUCGCAGGUGGUUCCUGUUUAAAGACUAUUGAUUCCGACACAAACAAUUUCUCGGCCUCAAAUUUAUCGACCGCAGAACAAGCCAAAUGUGAUACACAUCAUCAAAAGUCAGCAACACACCACCCGUUAAGUUUUCCUGUUCGUGGUUCUCUGUUUUACCAAGGUAAUUUUUCGGAAUUGCCGUCGUGGAACUUUUUACUUAGCCGGUGGAAGCUAACUCUGGAUUUAUUCGGUCGCGUGUUUAUGGACGACGUCGGAAUGGAGCAUGGAUCUGUGCUGCCGGAAUUGCGCGGCUUCCCUGUGAAGGAGAUGCGCUUCCGUCGUCACAUGGAAAAAUUGCGCAACGGACAACAACGGGAUUUGGUGCUUUGCAAGUUGGAGCGCAAUCGUGAGAGCUUAAUUGUUCAAACGUUCAAGGAACUGAAUACCCAGUUUGGCAACCAAAAUCGGCGCACCCAGCCGCCCAUCACAUUCAACAGAGUAAAGGUGACAUUCAAAGACGAGCCGGGCGAGGGAUCGGGUGUAGCCCGCAGUUUUUACACAUCGAUUGCAGAAGCAUUGCUGGCCAGUGCUAAGAUCCCUAACUUGGAGUCGGUUCAGGUGGGCACCAGUCACAGCAAGUACGGAGUGCCGUUCUCGAGCAUCUUGCGCAGCAGAACCGUAUCGGGAUCUAGUCGUGAUCAGUCCACUCUGCAGCGGCGUGGUACCAGCAGCAAAAUAUUGUGGCGUUCGGCCCGUGAAAGGAAGGCACUGAAUUUGGAUGCCAGACCGUAUACUCCAGUAAAUAGCUCAGAUAAUGCAAUGCCGGAAAGCCUGAAUGAUCACCUUUCCGUUCACUUACAACAAAUUGGAGAACGUCUUUACCCUAAGAUUCAUUCGAUAAACCAAACGCAUGCACCGAAGAUAACAGGAAUGCUGCUGGAAAUACCCACCCCUCAGCUCCUGUCCGUAAUUUCCUCAGAUGAGACACUCCGCCAAAAAGUGAAUGAAGCGAUAGAAAUUAUUACAUUCAAAUUGAAAUCUGAGACCAGUGCACAAAGUAGUCAACCAAAAAAAUCACCAUCUGUCGUGCUGGUGGAACCCGUCGACGAUGAUAAUGAGCCAUUGUUUUACUCUCCGGGAAAGCGGGGCUUUUACACACCACGCCAAGGUUUUGCAUCAUUCGAGCGCAUUAAUGCAUUUAGAAAUAUUGGAAGACUCAUUGGACUUUGUCUACUGCAAAACGAAUUGCUUCCAUUGUUCCUUCAAAGACAUGUAUUAAAAUACAUUCUUGGGCGUAAAAUUAAGUUCCACGACUUGGCAUUUUUCGAUCCAGCAUUGUACGAAUCUUUUAGACAAAUUAUUCAAAAUGCCCAAACAAAGGAAGGCGAAGAAACUAUUAAUCGUAUGGAGCUAUGCUUUGUUAUUGAUUUGAUGAAGGAGGAGGGCUGCGGGAACAGAGAGCUUAUCCCAGGAGGGCGCGAAGUUGCAGUCACAUCGAGUAAUAUAUUCGAGUACGUCAGACGCUAUACAGAAUAUAGAUUAAUCAAAUCCCAAGAAAAGGCACUGGAGGCACUAAAAGACGGAGUUUUCGACGUUUUGCCCGAUAACAGCAUGAAUAGCUUAACCGCCGAGGACUUGCGUCUGCUGCUGAACGGUGUUGGUGAUAUAAAUGUUUCAACACUCAUUUCGUACACUACCUUUAACGACGAAUCUAGCGAGGGUCCCGACAAACUUUUAAAAUUUAAGAAAUGGUUUUGGAGUAUUGUGGAGAAAAUGAACAUUAUGGAACGUCAGGAUUUGGUGUACUUCUGGACCGGAUCUCCUGCGCUUCCAGCUUCGGAGGAGGGAUUCCAACCAUUGCCAUCUGUCACCAUUAGACCUGCGGAUGACUCUCAUCUACCGACUGCGAAUACAUGUAUAUCUCGGCUGUAUAUCCCAUUGUACUCCAGCAAAUCUAUUUUACGCAGUAAAAUGCUGAUGGCCAUUAAAUCCAAAAAUUUUGGAUUUGUAUAAGCGAUUGGAAGUCUUUCCUAUGUGUAUAAGCUUCAAAUUCAUUUCUUAAUUAACUUUAGUUUUUUUUGAGUUUCGACUUGUCAUAUUUAACCAUACCAUUCCCAUUUCGGAUUAUCUAUUGUUUAAAAUUUUUUCGAAUUUGAACAAUUUGUACGUAACAUUAUUCAACGAGAUUGGCGCGGGUCAUGACGGUCUAGCUUGACCUAACGUGUAGUAAAAAUAUGAAAUUUCCACACAACCAUUGUAACCAAGAAAACGGCCAAUUAGGUAUUAGGAAGCCUAUGUUUUAAUUAUUAAACUUUUAAAUAAAAUAUGUUUUCUAAAGUAUGACUUAUGCACAUGUAUAUUUAUCGAUAUCGAUUCAAUAGAAAUUUGAAGAAAAAACCAAUAAAAAUAAGUCCACCUUACGGAAAUUAUGUAUGAUAUAAAA